CACGUGUCAGUGACGUCACCAGCGAAAUGGCUGCCUCCUGUCAGUAAACUAACACAGGGUCCAAACCCUUAAGAAAACGCUUGUUUUUUUUAAUUCGUCGCAAGAAUCAUCUCGACAAGGAGAACCAACCAGACAGAAACAUGUCGCCAAAGAUCACAGGAGAGCUGCUUAGGCAGCUCCGACAGGCGAUGAAGAAUUGUAAAUACUUCUCUGAACCUCUCCAGGCGUACAUUGUCCCCUCUGGUGAUGCUCACCAGAGUGAAUAUAUUGCACCAUGUGACUGCAGACGGGAGUUUAUUUGUGGAUUCAAUGGCUCAGCAGGUACAGCGAUUGUGACAGAGCAGUAUGCUGCAAUGUGGACUGAUGGUCGUUACUUCCUUCAAGCAAGCCAGCAGAUGGACAACAACUGGACCCUUAUGAAAAUGGGGCUGAAGGAAACACCCUCUCAGGAGGACUGGCUGAUCAGUGUCCUGCCAGAGAACUCCAAAGUGGGAGUCGACCCAUGGAUCAUUGCUGCAGACCAGUGGAAGACCAUGUCCAAGGCGCUGACGAGUGCAGGACACUCUCUUGUAGCGGUGCAGGAUAACCUCAUCGAUGUAGUGUGGACUGACCGCCCACAAAGACCCUUCACGCAGCUCCGCACUUUGGGAUUGGACUACACUGGUGUGUCGUGGCAAGAUAAGAUCACAGCACUGCGAGCCAAGAUGACUGAGAGGAAAAUCACCUGGUUUGUUGCUACAGCGCUGGACGAGAUAGCAUGGCUUUUUAACCUUCGUGGUGCAGAUAUCGAGUACAACCCUGUCUUCUUUGUGUAUACCAUUGUGGGGAUCAACACAAUAAGGCUUUUUGUGGACCAAAAGCGCCUUGCUGAUGUGUCGCUGAGAGAGCAUCUCCAGCUUGACACGCCCAGCAAGCCUGAACUCCGCAUCCAAACGUUCCCAUAUGAAUCGGUGUACACCGAGCUGCAGGCCAUCUGCGCCGCCCUCGGUCCCAAGGACAAAGUGUGGAUCUGUGACAAGGCCAGUUGUGCUCUCACACAGGUCAUCCCCAAGCCUCACAGGUCUCCCAUACCCUACACACCCCUCUGCCUCGCCAAGGCGGUUAAGAAUGCAACAGAAAUUCAAGGCAUGAAAACUGCUCAUAUCAAGGAUGCAGUCGCUCUUUGUGAACUCUUUGCUUGGUUGGAAAAAGAGAUUCCAAAGGGCACGGUCACAGAAAUCUCUGCUGCUGAUAAGGCCGAAGAACUACGCAGCCAACAGAAACAUUUUGUGGGCCUCAGUUUCCCCACGAUCUCCAGUGUUGGUCCCAAUGCAGCAAUCAUACAUUACAGGCCUUUGCCUGAGACCAACAGAACCCUCACCGUCAAUGAAGUAUACCUGAUUGACUCUGGAGCUCAGUACAUUGACGGCACCACAGAUGUUACCCGAACCAUGCACUUUGGGACUCCGUCUGCAUAUGAAAAGGAAUGCUUUACUUAUGUACUAAAGGGACACAUUGCUGUCAGUGCUGCAAUCUUCCCCAAUGGAACCAAAGGCCACCUGCUGGACUCGUUUGCACGGGCUGCCCUGUGGGAGACGGGCCUGGACUACCUUCACGGCACAGGUCACGGCGUCGGCUGCUUCCUCAAUGUCCACGAGGGGCCCUGCGGCAUCAGCUACAAGACCUUCGCUGAUGAACCUCUGGAAGCCGGCAUGAUCGUCAGCGAUGAGCCAGGGUACUACGAAGAUGGAGCUUUCGGCAUCCGCCUGGAAAAUGUGGUUCUUGUUGUAUCAACAAAACCCAAAUACAAUUACAGAAACAGAGGCAGCUUGACGUUUGAGCCCUUGACUCUGGUUCCCAUCCAAGUCAAGAUGAUAAACACAGAGCUGCUCACUCAGAAGGAGUGGGACUGGGUGAAUGAGUACCACAGGAUGUGCCGCGAGGUGGUCGGAGCGGAGCUGCAGCGUCAGGGCAGGAAGGACGCGUUGGACUGGCUCAUCAGAGAGACCCAACCCAUCAUGUGAGGGACCACGUGGCCAAGAGUACUGUACCCACCAGUGCUGUACAUUCAUUGUUUGUAAUGUUAUGUGUCUCGUUGUCCCCCGUGACUCGUCUUUUGUAACAUGCGUCGUAUCAAGAGUUUGAUUAAAGAUCACUGAAAAAUCCAA